GAUCCCCACUCAGUGGUUGAUCACUGUGCGGCUGGGAUCUGAUCAAAAGGCGGGAUCAGCGAGUGACGUUCGCUGAUCAUCGCCAAUGAGGCGCGCGGACGGCUCGAGCCGGCCUCUCAGUUGAAGAACGAGGCCUUGUACUGCCGGAAGGUCAUGCCUUACAUCGUUUCCUCACUGAAAAACUGGGUAUAUUACCUUCUCUCAGGUGUCUGUCAGUGCUGCUCUACAGUAUCGAUGCUCGGAGAAACAUAUUAGAGAAGCUUGAGUCUUCUAUAUGGGCCAUUUUCUUUCAAAAAAUGGAAAGCGUGUGAAGAAGAGAAGACGGAAAGUUAAAAAGAACUGCCUUCUCCGUGGACCUUGUAUGUUGUGCUUCAUAGUUCACAAUACUUCUCUUGACGAGGAUCAGUUUGAAAGUGCAUCCAAACUAGCUGAGCGAUACGCUGCACUGACCACGACAGAGGAAUGUGCUAAGUUUCUUCUUUCUCCCAAGGAACUUGCAAUCUGGGAAGAACAAGGCAAGAGUUUACUUUCCAGUGUUCCAACCAAACUGAUUGGGCCACCUCUGUUUAGAACAGUCUCAUCAGACUAUUUGGACAUGCCAGUUUGCAAACGUAAAUGUGCUGGAGUGCAAACGUGUACACCUCAUAAACUGCCUCGUUCUGCAUUGGAGGGAGUUCCUGACACUGGUUUAAAUAAUGACGUAGCAGAGCAUCCAGUACCUGCAUGUACUUUGCCAGCUUCCACAGCAGAAUGCACUAGUGUGGGUCUUCAGGGGAACAUGGGUGACUGCUCUUCUCUGCUACAAUGUCCGGUGUCCCCUUUGGGACCUGAAGACAAUGAACUUCUCCCCCAUGAUAACUUAAAAAUGGAAUCUGAACCGCCGAAUAUAAAUCAACUUCCUUCCUCAAUACUUCUGAAGGUCUUCGCUCAUUUAACUUUAAAGGAGCGAUGCCUUUCAGCAUCUUUGGUUUGCAAAUACUGGCGUGACCUUGGUUUAGAUUUUCAAUUUUGGAAACAGUUGGAUCUCAGUGGUCGACAACAGAUCACCGAUGAUGUGCUUAUGCGAAUCGCCUCAAAGAAUCGAAACACAAUCCAAAUUAAUGUUUCUGAUUGUCGGAGUAUUUCUGAUAUAGGAGUGAGUUCCAUAGCAUCGCAAAGUCCAGGAUUGCAAAAAUACAUUGCAUAUCGAUGCAAACAGCUCAGUGACAUUUCUCUCAUUGCAAUUGCUUGCCAUUGCCCUUUUCUUCAGAAAGUACAUGUGGGAAACCAGGAUAAGCUUACAGAUGAAUCCUUGCAGCAGCUGGGAGAGAAAUGUCCAGACGUUUUGGAUAUCCAUUUUGGUCAAUGUUACAAGAUAACAGAUGAAGGCAUGAUGGCAUUGGCACAGGGCUGUCCAAGGCUGCAGAGAAUCUACAUGCAAGAGAACAAACUGGUGACAGAUAAAUCGGUGAAAGCAUUUGCAGAACAUUGUCCUCUGCUGCAGUAUGUGGGUUUUAUGGGCUGUUCAGUUACAUCCCAAGGGGUCAUCCACCUCACUCGGUUGUGGCAUAAGAAGCCUGUUGGACGUGCAACAGAGGCCAAGGGAACCUAUAGUAGGGAUACCAGGUUUAUACACAGCUUUGAGUGGAGUAUGGAGGAGUGCAUUAAUGCCAUGGGUUCUGAAAUAUUCCAGGCAUUUGAACACGUGACUUCAUUCAUAGAGAGAAAGGUGACAGCCUUGAAGAACCACGUCGAGGAUCUGAUCUAUAUAUGCUUUGACCUGUAUUUCAUCAAUAGGCUCUGUGCAGCAGUGAUUGGACGAGAGGGAGGAUGA